UAUUUAUUUUUGGAUUAGAGUAAUUUUGUUUGUCGUCUCGUCGAUACGUGCAAGUCACAAGUCUAUGAUCCACUUUUACCGCUUUCCACUGAACUGAUACUGCACUCACUUGACUCAAUUAUGCAGUUGCAUGAUGUUCCCCACUCAAGGCCGCUAGUUAACACUGUUUCCGAUAAUACAUAUUUGUCUAGCGAUCAGUCAACAAGAAACCACCAUGGACACUGCCCACAUCAAAGACAUCAAUAAUUUAAUCAAACUCGACCAUGGCAAAACCAUCAUUGACCAAAAAGUGCGACGUUUAACCGCCCCUGGUGAAAACUACGGUAGUUUAAUGUUGAGUGUGGACCUCACGGUGAAGACCCCUCAUGGUACCGAAGAAAUUCACGCCGUUGCGAAGAUGCUACCUCCCAGCAAGUUCAUUCAAGAGUUGUUCAACACCAACGUGACCUUCCGCAACGAAAUCGGCUUCUACAGCAAAAUAGUACCACUUUUGCAGAACUUCCAGAAAGAACGGGGAGUCGCAAAGGUUAUCGAUUUCGCGCCAAGAUAUUACGGAAGUCGGCUAAACUUAGACGAUGACAGUACCGCUUUGGUCCUCGAGAAUUUGAAGAUCGACAACUAUGUCCUCCUGGACCGACUUGAGGGUACUGAUAUGGACGUAACGAAACUGAUUCUCGAAGACUUAGCUCAGUUGCAUGGGGUUUCUUUGGCGCUGAAGUUGCACAAACCUGACGUUUUCGAAAACGAGAUCAAGCCUUUCUUGGCACCGUGGAAGCCUAUUCCGUCACACUACGCUAAGUUGAAGAAGGAUUUGCACCGGUUGAUCGACCAUGUGGAAGAAUUGCAGCCUUUUAGAGAAAAAAUUGACAAGGAGUUUGAUCAGCAGAUGGUCGUGAAGGAACCAAGAGAACCUUUUGCCACCGUCUGUCAUAAUGAUUGUUGGAUCACUAAUAACUUGGUGAAGUUUGACGGUGGUAAAGCCGUCAAGAACAAAAUGGUGGAUUAUCAGUUGUGUAGUUACGGAUCACCAGCCAGAGAUGUGUUGUUCUUCAUAUUUACUACAGUGAAGAGUCACAUUGUAGAGGCUAGCUAUGAUUAUUUGAUCAAAUUUUAUCACCAGAAGUUGAUUUCGAUUUUGGAGGAGUUGAAAUGUGACACAAACGAAUUUUCUUUAGAGGCUUUUGAGAAGGAACUAGAUUAUGAAGCCAGAAAUUCGCAGUUUGGACAUGUAGCCUUUAUGCUUUUUCCGGUUUUCGCUAACAAGGAAAACGUGAAAGAAGUUGCAGAGAUGACCCCUGAGAAUAUAAUUUCGGAAGAGAUUAGUGAUUUGCUUAAAGAGAAAUUUAUUUUCUUUGUUAAUCAGUUUGUUAAAAGAAAGUGGAUUUAUAACUAGUACGUCUGUAUUCUUGUUGGUUGUUAUAAACGAGAAUUUCAAUAAAAUGUGUCAUAAUUA